AUGAAUGCUGGGACCACAGUCCAUGCAGGGACCUACAGAUGUUUUGUAUCUUACGCCUACAACCUGGCUCUCUGGUCAAGGCAGAGCGACCCCCUGGAGAUUGUGGUCACAGGAUCUCUGCUCUCUGUCAGCAGAAGCAACACCAUGUCACCCACAUUCAUCAGCUUGCUGUGUCUUGGCCUGGCUGCCCAGGAUCAUAGGCCAGGUGAGAGCCAGAGGAGAAGGUCAGCUUUUGUGUGGAGAUGGAUCGUUCAUCCUGGAUCUUUCUUUCCAGGGUUCUUCAUGGUCCAGAUCAUCUGCAUACAAGCGGGAGAUUAUGACAAGCUCUUUCUGUCUGCUUGGCCAAGCCCUGUGGUUCCUCAAGGAGGACAAGUCACUCUUUGGUGUAACUCUCAUCUUGGGUAUGACAUAUUCAAACUGUACAAGGACGAUGGGGCCCAUGUCCCUGAGCUUCAGGACAGAAUGUUCAAAAACAAUUUUACCAUGAACUCUGUGACCACAGCACAUGCGGGGACCUACAGAUGUUUCAGGCCUUAUUUUCACUCCCCAAAGAGAUCAGCAGCCAGCAACCCCCUGAAGAUCAUGGUCACAGGAGUCCACAGAAAACCUUCCCUCUUGAUCCAACCUGGUCCUGUGGUGAAAUCAGGAGAAAAUCUUACCCUGAUAUGUUGCUCAGAGUUCAUGUUUGACAGCUUCGCUCUGAUUCUACAAAGAAGGGUUGGGGUAACCGAGGACCCCUUAGUCAUUGCUGGAGAGCCCCAUGAUGGGGGCUCCCGGGCCCACUUCUUCCUGGCUCCUGUAACAUCUACCCAUGCAGGGACCUACAGAUGCUACGGUUUUCUCAGUCACUCCCCCUAUGAGUGGUCAGCUCCUAGUGACUUCCUGGACAUCGUGAUCACAGGUCUAUACAAGAAGCCUUCUCUCUCAGCCCAGCCAUGGCCUGUGGUGAGGUCAGGAGAGAACAGGACAUUGUUCUGCAGCUCUCAGAGCUCAUUUGACUUCUACCAUCUAUAUUGGGAGGGGAAGGCCCUUGAACGCCGGCUCCCCGCAGUGCAGAGCCACAAUGGCACAUCCCAGGCCACCUUCCCUCUGGGCCCUGCAGCCCCAGCCCAUAGUGGGACCUACAGAUGCUAUGCCUCUUUCAGUGGCUCUCCCUACACGUGGUCAGCCCCAAGUGACCCACUGCACCUUUCUGUCACAGGCCCACAGACCCAGGCUUGGCUCUCUCAGGCCAACUUCCUCCUGCGCCCUGAGAGCAGCUCCCACAGGGGCCAAUAGAGCUGCUACAGUGCAUACAACCUCUCCUCUGAGUGGUCAGCCCCCAAUGACCCCCUGGACAUCCUGAUUGCAGGAGAGCAGCCCAGUGGAUUCAGUCAGGGACCCAGAUUCUGCACAGAGAGCUUUUCAUGUAUAUCCAGACGCCACAGUCUGGGGCAGUGCCAGGGCCCUCGAGUGCACCCUCCACACUGCCCGGACAAAAUGAUGUCCAUUGGAGGGAAGAGACUGGACACCCUGGUCCCACCUCAGGCUGGCUCUAAAGCAGGUGACACCCUGAAGUCUGUUAGGGUGGUCACGACAAGCCCUUGCUCUCAGCCGGGCCAAGACUUUGGUUCCCCUAGGAGGGUACACGACUCUUUACAUCCUCAACUUCAAUUUGUAACAUUCAAACUGUUCAAAAGAGUUGAGAUCCGUAUUUCUGACAUCGAGUGGACUUUUCAACAACAACAUCACCGUAAACCCUGA